GAAAAUAAUGGACCGGAUGUUUUAAAGUGUAGUUGGGUGUGUUGAAGCUCCAGGACAAAAGUCCACCAUGGCUGAGACCCACAGCUUACAGGACCUCCAGCAGCCUACUGUCUCCUCCAAAGUGUAUGUCCAGAGAGACUACAGCUCAGGAACCCUCUCUAAGUUUCAGACAAAGUUCCCCUCUGAACUGGAGUCAAGGCUAGAUAAGCAGCAGUUUGAGGAAACCAUCCAGACUCUGAACAAUCUGUAUGCAGAGGCUGAGAAACUAGGGGGGAAGUCAUAUUUAGAGGGCUGUCUUGCUUGUCUAACUGCCUACACAAUCUUCCUUUGUAUGGAAACACACUACGAAAAGGUGUUGAAGAAGAUCGGCAGGUACAUUAAGGACCAGAAUGAGAAGAUCUACGCUCCCAGAGGUUUGCUGUUGACCGACCCCAUAGAGAGAGGCCUGAGAGUCGUGGAAAUCACCAUCUUUGAAGACAGAAGUAUUGGCUCUGGAAGAUAAAGACAUUUGAGGCUUCUGAUUCUGACCAGAUACUCUACAUCUCAGUGGCAGCACAUACCCAGACAUCUGCCCCACCCGAAUGGAUGUACAUAAUGUUGAUCUGAUCCUUUUCUCUGUUAUUUAUAAAUACUCUACCGUCUGCCUUUCCUUUUAAGUUUAUAAAAGUGUCUUUACGUCUUUUUACAAAUGCAGUGAUAUAUCAAUUAUGUCCCAGUUGAUGACUUUCACCAAGACUUUGUGAAUGGUGCCAUUGGCCCUCACUUAUCAAUCUGGUGUAGAAACCAGCGCAGAUUUGGGUGUAGAAAUCAUCAUACGACAGAGUCCAUGUGGGAUCUAUGAAACGUGCGUAUCUGGCUGAUCACAGCGUACGCAAGAUCAGGUGUUGAUAAGUGUGGCGGCUGGAAACGAUCGUAAUUUAAAUACCACGCCCCUAUGUAUUCACGGCUCAGCUGUCCUCGCCCCCAGAGUUUACGGCAUGGAUAUACUUAAUACGGUAAAGAGUUAAAAAACCUGGUCAGACCAUACGAUCACUACAAUAUAUCCUAGUGUUGCGGGUCUUAAAAGAAGCAGCUCCCGGAGCAGACCGGAGGACGCCAGCCGUCCCUCACCUGAAAUUAUCCCAGAUCGUGGAGCGAGUAGCUUCCUUCAUCGGUUCAGCCUCAAUAUCAGGCACAAGUUGUACAGGCGAACCUGCAUCUGUGUCGGAUAACGUCGGCUGCACUGGCAGCUCGCCAUUUAUGAGACUUUAAACGAGAAGAGAAACCUGAAACAUCCUGCAUCACAUGAAUAAAGUGUUUGAUCAAACGCUGUGCAAUGUGCACUUCUCAUCCGAUUAGCCUUCUUUCCAAACAUAAGAAUUUAACACUUACAUAAAAGAAGGUCCUGACUCCGUCUUACAGCCUCCAGAUUUCUUUAUUUGUUAUUAUGUCACAUGUAGUCUCUGGCCUAUGUGCUGUGCGCAAUUACGCAUGUGGCACAUCAGCGUAUUUAUUAUUUUAAUCUCCGGACAUACCGAUUAAUUAAUGUUAAUGUUCUGUAUUCCUAAAUAUUUCAUACUUCAGAGGCUAAAAGUUGUGUUUACUAUCCUCUGGAAGUUUUUCUGUCCUUUUAAAGUAACUGUUUGUAGUUUUUCUGUUUUAAUUUGUCUCAGUAUUUUCUGCAGUGAUAUUCCUGUGUACAUGAACGUUUAACAUGUAUUUACCAAAAGCAGCCUCUCUAAUCUUUAAUCUUUAAAGUAAAUCGAUUAAACAAACAAAAAUUCAUCAAAUAAAACACACAACUAAAGAAAUCACCUGACAGCUCGCGAUGUGCAACAUUAUUUAAAAAGUGAUGUAGUCUACAGAGAUCGUUUGAGGUGAAGCGUAAUAUAAAAUUCAUUUGUGAUAUCUUAUCUAACAGUAAAUCUGUGAACCUCUAUCUAUCCCUCUUAACAAGCACUGUUAUAGUACGAUCUAAUUAUUCUCCGACACAGACAGAUUCACUGCACUGUAAGUCCACACUGAGUUGAAAACGUGCGUACACGAACUGAGACCUGGUGUGAGAUUUGAGCGUACCCUCCGCUCACGUCCAAAUUGAUAAGUGCCGAACUUUGCGUGGAAAUGACCGUACACCCAUUUUUCUGCCGUACGUAUGUUUGAUAAGUGAGGGCCACUGUGUUUAAGGGUACUCUUGACCAUGGGUAAUAUGAGUGAUUGGACUUUUCUCUUUUUGCAAAUGAUAUAAAGUCAAUCUGUAGUCGCCAAGAAAUGUACGUGGAAUAUGUUGGGAUGGAGUUAGGGGUUAGCACAGUCUGUAAACAGUGAUUAUGUUCUGGGCAGUGCAGGUAUUAACAUUAAGAGGUUGUAGCCUUCAUUGAGGCAAAUGUUAUCUUACCUGUGAAUGAAUGUGACUUGUUGGGGGUGGGGGGGAGUUCUGAACUCACAUUGUUACACAGUUUUUGGUAACUUCAAAGAUGGAGCAUGUUUAUUAUAUUAUCACAAAUAAAUGGCAUGGCUCUGCACUAGAUCUCACCAAUCAUGUAACAGCCCUGUGUUAUAUUUCUCAUUAAUCACUGUCUUUAUCGUGAAUGUCAUUCCCUUUCCAUCAUCACUAAACACCACAGAAACCUUAAACUCUCUGAACUCCACUGAGAAUUGAGAAAGAGUGCAGUUGAUACAAAUGAUGUACUUUCUUACAUGUGUAAUACUGUUUUCUCUGAUUAAAUAACCCUUUUCUUUUAAA